AUGGUCAGCUUUGGCUCUGACAUUCCAGAGGCUUCAGCGUCAGCAAUGGAGGAGCCAGGAUCCCAGCAACCGUUGACGGUGGGGGCAAUGUCUGGUGGAGCAUUGGAAAGAGAGCUGGAGUUUCAAGAGCAGACCCGUGGCUCCACCUCAGACACGACAAUCACAGGAAUGCUGGCGAGAGAAACUACUUCAACAGAACCAUCUACAACUAUAACCACAUCUGAAACCACAUCAUUCUCAACAGACUAUGUAACAUCUUCUGGGACCUCUGAAGGAAGCACUUCCACAGGGGCAACCACCUCUGAGAUUACUUUGACAGCUUCCACCACACCAGAAACAACAGCUCCAUCAUCUUCACCUUCAACAUCUGAGGAAACUACUUCAACAGAACCAUCUACAACUAUAACCACAUCUGAGACCACAUCAUUCUCAACAGAAUAUGUGACAUCUUCUGGGACCUCUGAAGGAAGCACUUCCACAGGGCCAACUACCUCUGAGAUUACAUCGACAGCUUCCACAACACCAGAAACAACAGCUCCAUCAUCUUCACCUUCAACAUCUGAGGAAACUACUUCAACAGAACCAUCUACAACUAUAACCACAUCUGAGACCACAUCAUUCUCAACAGAAUAUGUGACAUCUUCUGGGACCUCUGAAGGAAGCACUUCCACAGGGCCAACUACUUCUGAGAUUACUUCGACAGCUUCCACCACACCAGAAACAACAGCUCCAUCAUCUUCACCUUCAACAUCUGAGGAAACUACUUCAACAGAACCAUCUACAACUAUAACCACAUCUGAGACCACAUCAUCCUCAACAGAAUAUGUGACAUCUUCUGGGACCUCUGAAGGAAGUACUUCCACUGGGCCAACUACCUCUGAGAUUACUUCGACAGCUUCCACAACAGCAGAAACAACAGAAUAUGUGACAUCUUCCGGGAGCUCCGAAGGAAGUAUUUCCACAGGGGCAACCACCUCUGAGAUUACUUCGACAUCUUCCACAACACCAGAUACAACAGCAGCUCCAUCAUCUUCACCUUCAACAUCUGAGGAAACUACUUCAACAGGACCAUCUACAACUAUAACAACAUCUGAGACCACAUCAUCCUCAACAGAAUAUGUGACAUCUUCUGGGACCUCUGAAGGAAGCACUUCCACUGGGCCAACCACCUCUGAGAUUACUUCGACAGCUUCCACCACACCAGAAACAACAGCUCCAUCAUCUUCACCUUCAACAUCUGAGGAAACUACUUCAACAGAACCAUCUACAACUAUAACCACAUCUGAAACCACAUCAUCCUCAACAGAAUAUGUGACAUCUUCUGGGACCUCUGAAGGAAACACUUCCACAGGGCCAACUACCUCUGAGAUUACUUCGACAGCUUCCACAACACCAGAAACAACAGCGACAUCAUCUUCACCUUCAACAUCAGAGGCAAGUUCUUCAACAGAAUCAUCUACAACUAUAACCACAUCUGAAACCACAUCAUCCUCAACAGAAUAUAUGACAUCAUCUGCGACCACAGAAACAACCACUUCCACAGGGACAACUACCUCUGAGAUUACUUCGACAGCUUCCACAACUCCAGAAACAACAGCUACAUCAUCUUCACCUUCAACAUCAGAGGCAAGUUCUUCAACAGAACCAUCUACAACUAUAACCACAUCUAAAACCACAUCAUCCUCAACAGAAUAUGUAACAUCAUCUGGGACCUCCGAAGGAAGCACUUCCACAGGGACAACCACCUCUGAGAUUACUUCGACAGCUUCCACAAUACCAGAGACAACAGCUACAUCCACUUCACCUUCAACAUCAGGGGCAAGUUCUUCAAUAGAAUCAUCUACAACUAUAACCACAUCUGAAACCACAUCAUCCUCAACAGAAUAUGUGACAUCGUCUGGGACCUCCGAAGGAAGUACUUCCACAGGGGCAACCACCUCUGAGAUUACUUCGACAGCUUCCACAACACCAGAAGAAACAGCUCCAUCAUCUUCACCUUCAGCAUCUGAGGAAACUACUUCAACAGGACCAUCUACAACUAUAACCACAUCUGAAACCACAUCAUCCUCAACAGAAUAUGUGACAUCGUCUGGGACCUCAGGAGGAAGCACUUCCACAGGAUCAACCACCAAUACCCCUUCCACAACACCAGAAACAACAGAAUAUGUGACAUCUUCUGGGACCUCUGAAAAAAGCACUUCCACAGGGGCAACUACCUCUGAGAUUACUUCGAAAGCUUCUACAACACCAGAAACAACAGCUACGCCAUCUUCACCUUCAACAUCAGAAGCAAGUUCUUCAACAGAACCAUCUACAACUAUAACCACAUCUGAAACCACAUCAUCCUCAACAGAAUACGUGGCGUCUUCUGGGACCUCUGAAGGAAGCACUUCCCCAGGGGAAACCACCUCUGAGAUUGCUUCGACAGCUUCCACAACAUCAGAAACAACAGCUACAUCAUUUUCAUCUUCAACAUCUGAGGAAAGUACUUCAACAGAACCAUCUACAACUAUAACCACAUCUGAAACCACAUCAUCCUCAACAGAAUAUGUGACAUCUUCUGGGACCUCUGAAGGAAGCACUUCCACAGGGCCAACCACCUCUGAGAUUACUUCAACAGCUUCCACAACACCAGAAACAACAGCUCCAUCAUCUUCACCUUCAACAUCUGAGGAAACUACUUCAACAGAACCAUCUACAACUAUAACCACAUCUGAAACCACAUCAUCCUCAACUGAAUAUGUGACAUCUUCUGGGACCUCUGAAGGAAGCACUUCCACAGGGCCAACCACCUCUGAGAUUGCUUCAACUGCUUCCACAACACGAGAAACAACAGAAUACGUGACAUCUUCUGGGACAUCAGAAGGAAGCACUUCCCCAGGGUCAACCACCUCUGAGAUUACUUCGACAACUUCCACAACACCAGAAACAACAGCUCCAUCAUCUUCACCUUCAACAUCUGAGGAAACUACUUCAACAGAACCAUCUACAACUAUAACCACAUCUGAAACCACAUCGUUCUCAACAGAAUAUGUGACAUCUUCUGGGACCUCCGAAGGAAGCACUUCCACAGGGACAACCACCUCGGAGAUUACUUCGACAUCUACCAUAACACCAGAAACAACAGAAUAUGUGACAUCUUCUGGGACGUCCGAAGGAAGUACUUCCACAGGGGCAACCACCUCUGAGAUUACUUCGACAUCUUCCACAACACCAGAAACAACAGCUACAUCAUCUUCACCUUCAACAUCUGAGGAAACUACUUCAACAGGACCAUCUACAACUAUAACCACAUCUGAGACCACAUCAUCCUCAACAGAAUAUGUGACAUCUUCUGGGACCUCCGAAGGAAGUACUUCCACAGGGGCAACCACUUCUGAGAUUAAUUCAACAGCUUCCACAACACCAGAAACAACAGAAUAUGUGACAUCUUCCGGGACCUCCGAAGGAAGCACUUCCACAGGGGCAACCAUCUCUGAGAUUACUUCGACAACUUCCACAACACCAGAAACAACAGUGACAUCAUCUUCACCUUCAACAUCAGAGGCAAGUUCUUCAACAGAACCAUCUAAAACAAUAACCACAUCUGAAACCACAUCAUCCUCAACAGGAUCUGUGACAUCUUCUGGGACCUCUGAAAGAAGUACUUCCAGAGGGGCAGCCACCUCUGAGAUUAAUUCGACAGCUUUCACAACACCAGAAACAACAGCUCCAUCAUCUUCACCUUCAACAUCUGAGGAAACUACUUCAACAGAACCAUCUACAACUAUAACCACAUCUGAGACCACAUCAUUCUCAACAGAAUAUAUGACAUCUUCCGGGACCCCCGAAAGAAGCACUUCCACAGGAACAACCACCUCUGAGAUUACUUCGAUAGCUUCCACAACACCAGAAACAACAGUGACAUCAUCUUCACCUACAACAUCAGAAGAAAGUACAUCAACAGAACCAUCUACAACUGUAACCACGUCAUCCUCAACAGAGUACGUGACAUCUCCUGGGACCUCUGAAGGAACCACUUCAACAAAGGUGACCAGUAUUGUUACUACUUCUACAGCAUCUACAACACCAGAACCAACAGCUACAUCAUCAUCACCUUCAACAUCAGAGGAAAGUACAUCUACAGAACCAUCAACAUCUGUAACCACAUCAUCGUCAACAGUUGUGCGGAAUAUAACAACAUCUAGUGCAUCAACAAGGUCUACAUCAUUUUUGCAAGAAUUUAGCACUCUGUCUUCAACUAUUGAAACAUCUACUCUUAGCUCCACUAUUAUCAUUAGCACACAGUCUCUGUCUACUAGCAGAUCAACAAUGGUGACAACAACAUCACCAUGCCGUGAAUUUACCGAUCAAGAUCUUGGAAAUGUUACUGCAGAAAACGUCGGAAACAGGAGUUUUAUCCUAAAGUGGUCAGAUCAGACCCUGGAAUUGUGUGGAAACUAUAGUGUUGAGAAAUCACCUGAAGAUGGAUCAUUUCUUUGCACUUUCAACUUCAGCAAUAAUGUGUGUAAUUUUGUGGAGUUAAGCCCAGGUCAAACCUAUACGCUGAACAUUCACUUCAUCGAUAAAGACAACAAAAUUCUGACACGUACUUUAAGUGUUACUACAGUACCAGCAUUUGUAUCGAAUGUCACAUUUCCAUCGAAUGGAAUUCGAAACACUUCUCUGACAGUUACCUGGACAGCAGCAAAAGGGCAUCUACUGUCAUACAUCGUUCAGUUAACAUCACAGUUUAAUGAAGAACAGAAAAUUGAUGUACAAUCAAGCCAAACUUUAUCUGUUGUGUUUUCUGAUUUACAACCUGGACGUACUUAUACUAUUACUGUGAUAACAGUGACAAAUGGCCACUUGACCAAUAAGGGAGUGACAGUCAAGCAGAAUACAGAUUCUGAUGAAUGUAGCAAUGGUGAAAAUCAAUGCGAUCAGGUUUGCAUCGAACGCAAUAAGUUUGAAGAUAGUCGAGGCUAUGAAUGCAGUUGCGAAAGUGGAUUUAAAUUGGAUUCAGACGGAAGGAAAUGCACAGCAAUUGAUAUUUGCACCCUCAGCUGUACAAAUGGAAAAUGUUUCAUAGAUACGUCCUCCAACCAACCUGCAUGCCAGUGUAAUAGAGGAUACGCCGUGGAUGAUUCAGGCUCAAUCUGCAGAGAUGUCAAUGAAUGUAGUUUGUCAUCAAACAAUUGUGAGCAAACUUGUCAAAAUACUGUUGGUAGUUUUAAGUGUUCGUGUCAAUCUGGUUACCUACUGGAUCAAGGAGACAGAGCAAGUUGCCACGAUAUCAAUGAGUGUGAAUCAGAAUUCAACAAUUGUAAUCAAAUUUGCCGCAAUACUCCUGGCAGUUUCAAAUGUUCCUGUAAUUCUGGUUACAUGUUGGAUCAAAGAGACAAAGCAAGUUGCCACGAUGUUGAUGAGUGCUUAUCAAGUCCAUGCAACAGAAAAGGUUCCUGCAUCAACACACAGGGUUCCUAUUAUUGCGACUGUGUAACUGGCUGGACUGGGAUGUCAUGUUCUGAAGAUGUAAACGAAUGUUUCUCUAAUCCCUGUAUGAAUGGAACCUGUUUGAAUACACGAGGAAGUUACCAAUGUCAAUGUUUCAGUGGCUUUACAGGACGACACUGUGAAACUAAUAUUAAUGAGUGUUCCAGCCAACCAUGCAAGAAUGAAGCCACGUGCAUUGAUUCCAUAAAUGCCUUUGUAUGUAACUGUGUGCCUGGAUAUACUGGUCAGCUCUGCCAAAGAGUGAUUGAUAACUGUGUGAGCAGGCCAUGCAAACAUGGUGGGUUCUGCCUGAAUCGUAUUAAUGACUUCAAGUGCAUAUGUGAUGACAAUUGGGAAGGAAAAGACUGCAGUAUAGAUGUGGAUGAAUGUUCUAGUAAUAAGCAUGAUUGUGACCGCAAUGCUGGAUUAUGUACUAAUACACUGGGCUCCUAUACAUGUUCUUGUAAAAAAGGAUAUGAAGGCAACGGCUUCAUUUGCAAAGAAAAACGGCUAUUUGAUUAUGGAUCAAAUGUUGGUGAUACAAGACUUUACGGAAGGACACGUGAUUUUAACUCUCCAAUCAUCAGCAUCCCAUCUGGUUUUCCUUUUGAUGAUGCAUUUUACUACAGGUUAUAUUUUUCAGAUAAUGGACUAAUUAUAUUUCAACGAAACAUUGAGUAUCUGCAGUAUACAUACUCAAGUCCAUUCUGGGCAUUCAGGAGUUACUUUUAUAGAAUUCCACCAAUGAUUGCUGUUUUCUGGGAUGAUGCAGAUUUGAGAAGAGGUAUAGGAUCCAUUUACUACCAGGUGUUUGAUUUUCAAGUCCGGACCGAUUCUUUCAGUAGGAAUUUCCAGAAUGACAUUAAAACACGAGUGAAUUCUUACUAUGGUUCAGAGCUUGGGAGUGUAACCUUCAUGCCUAAGUGGGCACUCAAGAUCACGUGGGAUAAUGUCCUUCCGUAUUCUGGAUAUAUAAACUCAGAUUCUGGGGCUACCAAUACUUACCAGGCAGUCCUAACAACAGAUGGCAUCUUUUCCUUCUGUUUAAUUCAAUUCAAAGAUGGUGGAAUGAACUGGCAAUAUUACUUAAGGCCUUACUACAGAAACUAUGCUCUCAUGGGCUAUUAUAGUGCAUCUACGAGUUCCAACUUUGAUUCAAACUUUCCAGCCUUUAAUGACCCCCACACCCGAUUCUUUGUAUCACCUAGUAAAAUCUACCAUCCAGAUCAAUACCCAGGCUUUAAAACAGGCAAAAAGGGACUGUGGGCUUAUCGCUUGGAAAGAAACACCCAGUUCACAAAAAACCCAAGGCAAAAGUGCUUUGAUUGGUACAUACGAGAGCCUUUUCCAUUCUGGAGUUUCUUCACUUCCCCUUGUCCCUGCUCAUUUUUUCAGGCUAUAUUUGAUCGUGCCUAUACUUGGGGAGGUGAAAUAUAUUACUAUGGAUUUGAUAUUAAAGAACCUCAAGUGUUCUACAUCACAAUGCAAAGUAGGUUCCCUAAUUGGCUAGGUUCUGGAGUGAGAUGUUACUAUGCGAGAAAUGGUGGACUGAUCUACGGUGAGAAAGAAAGGUUUCUCCCAACGCCGUGGACUUACUACAACUGGUUGUUUUGGUGGUGGAGAGGAUACCUAUUUUAUAGACAGCAGUUGAACUAUUUUUAUAACACUGUUCUACCCAACCUGCAAAACCAAUACAGAGAAAUGGAAGUUGACCCAUACCAUGACUGCUGCAGAGACUCUGGUGAUGUCUUUUUCUGUAAUCUUUACCGAUCAAAAAGACCCUACGACUUCUGCUUUGGAUACAUUCCACCACGGAUAGGUUUCUUCUUUGGCGAUCCUCAUAUUGUCACCUUGGAUAAUGUAAAAUACACCUUCAAUGGCCUGGGAGAAUUCAUCCUAUUAAGUGUGAAAAAUGAAAAUGAUACAUUACUGUUCAGACUUCAGGGACGAACCCUCAGAGCUGGAGAAAAUAGAACAUCACAGGCAACAAGUUUUGUAGCACUGGCAGCACAAAGAAUGAAUGGAACAAAGGUUCAGUGGAACAUCAAUAAUGACGAUGAAAUAAUUCUCAUGGUUGAUGGAAAUAUUGUAACUGCUACAGAAAACUCUACCUUUAUAAAUGAAGUGACCAUACAAAAGACAACUGAUAAUGAAACCGUGGCUGCCUUUGAAGGUGGAACAUCCAUUACUGUUUCAGGAACAAAGGGGACUUUAGCUUUCACAACAUCACUAGAUAAUUCUUUAAAAAAUCAAACAGAAGGUCUCUUGGGUGUCUGGAACGACGAUAAAGCAGAUGAUUUUAAAGCCGCUAAUGGAACACACCUUGACUUUGAUGGAACAAAUUUGCCUACAGAUGCUCAGAUAUUUUUUGAUUUUGGCCUGACAUGGAAAACAACUGUGAACAACAGCAUAUUCACCUACAAUACAACCACAGGAGAGUCUUGGUACACAUACAACAAUAACAGUUUUGUACCUUUGUUUUAUGAUGAGCUUUUGCAAACUACUGAGAAAGAAAAAAUUAACAAAGCUAAUGAAACUUGUAAAGGAGAUGAUGACUGCAUUUUUGACGUUUUAAGUACAGAUGAUUUAUCGUUUGGAGCAGUAACAUUACAAAGUGUGACAACAUUUGCAGCACAGAACAGCACAAUGAAUAAUUUCCCACCGAACAUCACUGGAGAUUCAACCAUUCAAACCCGCCUUGAUGAACCAGUGUUUAUUCUUUUUACUGCAACUGAUAGCAAUGAUGAUGUGGUGACGUUUUCCGUGGUGACUGAUUCUCCAGAUAUCACAAUCACAGAAAAUGGAAACUUUUCUUGGAAUCCAACAAGCUCCAUCCCAGUGUUUGCCAUAAUACAAGCAAAUGAUUCUAAAGCUGUUUCUGUGUUAGGAUUGACACUUGUGUUGUGCAACUGUAGUAUCAAUUCAACCUGUGAUUAUUCCAGAUCGAUUUUGACCUUAGAAAACAACAGUACUGUUUUUAAGGUCCCAGCAUGUAACUGUACCGCUGCCUACACGGGUGAUUACUGCACUGAGGAUUUUGAUGCUUGUCAAGAUAACCAAUGUUUCCUGAAUGACACUUGCAAAGACCAGCCUGCACCACUGGAGGGUUACACCUGUGAUCCCUGUCCAGAUAAUUUGGAGGGAGAUGGGAUAAAAUGCUACGGUGAGGAUGCAUGCUCCUUCUUUCUUGUAUACUUGAAGUGUUUACGCAACAGUAAAUAUUAA